GCGCGUUCAGUAUACCCGGAAAAGCGUGCUGUGCGGUCCCUUCCGAAAAAUUACGGUGUCAUUCUCGGUCAAACCGUUUUCCGAGACACGGUACAUUUAUUUUUUCGUACUAUUUCCCAUCCGAUGAAAUUUGUUCGCAAAUUAUUUUAGGAUUUUUAGGACAUCAAAAUUGCUUCUAUAAUAAAAAAUAUAUUAUUUAAAAAAAAAACACAUAUAUUUUAUGGAAUCACGGAACCCCUAAACUACUCUUGAAAAGUCUUAGGGCUUCGCCGAACACAGUUUGAGAACCACUGCAUAAAAAACUGUUAGAUAUGCGAUACAGUCGUCGAACGCCUAAUAUAUUUAUUGCCAGUCUGCUGUCGCCACCGUCGUCGCAGUGUCGAGUGUCUUGAAGAUUACAACAGUUGUGGUGUGUGUAUAUGAUAUUAUAAUUAUUGUACGAAUAAUAACAAUAUAUCUAAUCGAUACUGUGGCCGAUCGUCGUUUUAGCAGCAUAUGCUUGCCAUUUACUCGUUCUCUGACAACUUAACGUCCGUUAUUUACGAGCGCGUCAAAUCAUAAACAAUUUUUUUUUUUAAUCUUUGUGCGUUUCAUCCGGUUGUUGUCAUCGGUGAGUUUUGAUCUACUUCUACCGCGGUAUUAGUAUUAAAUUUCCACGGUACGUAGUCGAGUCCGCGGGGCGCCAUGGCAGGACGGCAACGCCGCAGAGCCCGCGACCAAUAGCGGGCAUCAGGACUGUUGACAUUCCGAUGUUGCCACAUUUCAGCAGAAGCCGCCGUCGCCAAGUGCAAUGGCCACCGCUGAGAUCGCAACUGCGAUCGCGGUAAAUUUCACGGAAAAUCUCACGAUCAACAUCACGGCAAAUGUCACAGGCAACGACACGUUGCUACAUGACCAACCAAGUUCCGACCUGUAUAAGGUGCCAGCCCUAUUGGUUGUCGUCUUAUCAGUGCUUUACGGUUCGAUAUCAGUGAUAGCUGUGGCCGGAAACGGGUUGGUGAUAUGGGCCAUCGUCACCAGCAAGCGGAUGCGGUCGGUCACCAAUCACUACUUGGCAAACUUGGCGUUCGCCGACAUACUCAUCGCACUCUUCGCCGUACCAUUUGAGUUUCAAGCUGCUCUGCUGCAACGAUGGAACCUACCAUCGUUCAUGUGCGCCUUUUGUCCAUUCAUACACGUCCUUUCUAUCACGGUUAGCGUGUUCACACUGACCGCCAUAGCUGUGGACCGGCGCCAAGCCAUACUCAAUCCGUUCGCUGCAAGAACAUCGAAGACCCAAUGCCUGUGCGUGAUUGCAUUGAUCUGGAUCGCUGGCUUGGCGCUAAGUUCACCGAUGGCGUAUGCACAGCGGGUAGUUUUUGUGUCCGAAGACUGGCCAUUCUGCCUGAACGUCAAUCUGUCAAACAACGUGAUGCUCGUGUAUAGGGCAAUACUAGUGGUCGUACAAUACGUCAUACCGCUUUCGAUCAUGACUUGGGCCUAUUCGGGGAUAGGAUUCGCGCUGUGGGGUUCGUCGGCUCCCGGAAACGCACAGUCACAAAGAGACUUGAAUCUGAUGAGAAAUAAAAAGCGGGUCAUAAAAAUGCUUAUCAUCGUCGUCGCUCUAUUCACGUUAUGCUGGUUACCCCUGCAAACGUACAAUAUAUUACAACACAUAUUUCCUCAAAUAAACGAGUAUCCUUAUAUCAACAUAAUUUGGUUCUGUUUCGAUUGGUUCGCCAUGAGCAAUAGCUGUUACAAUCCAUUCAUUUAUUCAAUAUACAACGAAAAGUUCAAACAAGAAUUCAAAAUGCGGUUAGACUUCAUGGCGGGUAAGAGGCGGCUGACCAGAGAUCUGAGCGCGUUUUCCAGCGGCCGUUUCGAGUGGCGCACCAAUCACGUGAACACACACGAACGAAACCUGAAGCAUAGCUCGAUCGUCACCAACGACACGCCACUGAUACUCACGCCCGACGCGUGAUCGAACGAUAGACCGAUUGAAGGGCUGCGGCCUCGUGAGACGUUAUCAAUUUAAUAUUUAUUUUUGUGCAAUUUUUAUUGUUGCGGUGUCGAUAUAAAAUAUGUUUUUUGAUUGUCUUCCCACGCAAAAUAAUAUUAUAAUGAAACAUAAUAUAUCUUGGCUGGAAGAGCACCCGUUCUCGUUCUAGAAAACCAA